GAAGAAAAAAAAAGAAAAAAGAAAACCCAAGUCGCUCAAUCGGUCCAUUGAUCCAUCGAUCCCAUUCAUUUUUAAGAAAAGAUAUGCCAAGCCAAGCGUGCGAGGCGCUAAGGAAAGCCGCCAAAUGCCAACGGAGAGUGAAGAAUCCUCCCCCUCGAGUCAUUUCCUGCAGCUUUUUGAUAGCGGAUUUGGACUUGUCUUAUGCGUGUGUGUGUGUGUGUGUGUCGCCGAAAACUUUUUUUUAGUAUAAUGAUGACAGUAGCUUCGCUCGCUCCA